AUGAUCCAUGGUCUUCUCCAGUCGGCUGGGGCCUACGCGUCAACAGACGAUCACAGCUUCGCUUUCUUCUUUGCGAAGCAAGGAUACGAUGUAUGGCUGGGAAACAACAGAUGUGGGUUGAAACCUCGUCACAGAAGCUUCAAGCGUUCUGAUCCUCGUAUGUGGUCUUGGAAAAUUCGAGAAAUGGCUACCAUGGAUCUCCCGGCCCUCGUGGAAGGCGUACUGCAACGGACGGGAUUUGAGAAACUUGCCCUAGUUGGCCAUAGCCAAGGAACUUCGCAAAUACUUAUUGCGUUGAGUAAACACUUCGUGCCCGAACUUGGCGAGAAGAUCAGCGUAGCAUGCCUGCUCGCCCCUGCCGCGUACUCUGGAUCUCUGUUGGAAAAUCCACGAUGGUUUUUCAAGGGUAUGAUAAUGAUGUCGCCUACGAUAUGGCGGCUUUGCUUCGGAAGGUAUGGUUUUAUGCAACCACUGAUUUCAGCGAUGGAGAUUCUUCCCAAUAGAACUCUUGGUGUCUUCGGCUAUCCGAUGUUCCACUAUCUGUUUGACUGGUCUGAUAGGAAUUGGGACCGAGAUUUGAGAGACCGUUCUUUCUUGUUUGCGCCAACCUAUAUUAGUUCAGAGCAUAUGCGAUGGUGGAUUGGUGCAGAUGGUUUUGCAACGCAAAGGUGUAUCCUCAAUACCCGAGCAGAGGCCGAGAUCGAUGCAGCGGACGACGAGGCCAUCGAAAAUUUUCUUCAGGCCACCAAUACUGGAGGCAAGAUUACGGAUGAAGCCCUUGCUAGAUACGAGGAGGCCAUCUCUCGCCUGGAGGCUGAUCCGUGGUUUGAUGAGAGAGUACCCCCUCUAGCGUUGUGGAUUCCAGCAUGUGAUGAUCUUGUAGAUGGAAAGAGACUGCUAAGAAGGCUUGAAUAUGGGAGAGAUCCUCAUGCUCAACUCGUACACGUUAAUGUUCUUGAAGAUUAUGAACACUUGGACGUAAUAUGGGGAGUCGACUCCCUUGAGCGUGUUGGUAAGGAGGUUCUCAAAGUUAUCUGGCAAACAAUUGCGACUCAGGAUCGCGAGCGCUGCGUAGUACCGGCAUGUGUUACCAAAUCUGAAAGUCACAAUUGA